GGGAAUCUUGGAGCGACGACAACACAUUGCAGACAAUUGUUCCUUCGCCGAUUUUGAACGGCACUGGGGCACGCCCGUUCCUGCUAUUGCUAUGCUUGCAGAGCGUUCCACGUUCGCCGAGCUUCGAUGCAAUUCAAGAAAUUCGGCAAUCCAUCAGGCGGCCUGUGAUUUUGUUUCGGAAGAAAUCUGCGUCGACGAGUUUUCAUUCAAAUCAGAUGAGUGUAUGACUGCGUCAAGAGCUGCGCAGUACCUCGAGAGUUUCGGCCAUUCUUCAGAAGAUGUGAAGCUGUCAUGCGAAAUGAAGGAUCGGUUGCCCCUUGGCCUCACCUGGCGUUGACUCGAUCCUCUCUCGGAUACGGUCCGGGUAGAUUUCCGUGUUCAUAGAAUUUUCUAAGCUUUAAAUACUGAAGCGCAAGAAUGAUGCUUCGCACCCCACCGGGGAAGCAGAAACGUUCUUCCCCAUCUACGUCACCGGUAGUAACAAAAAUCAAGACAGUGCAUCAUUCUGCUUCUGUCGUAGAGGCAAGACCUACUUCAUCACCUUCGAAAAAGCCCCGCCUACCCUUUGGCAUUAAUGUUGAAGAGCCUGAUGAACCCUUUUCAUUGCGCUCUUUGCGUAGAGGGGCCUCAUGGGAUAUGGGCCAGGCAGAUCCCUUUCAUCAAGAACCGUAUUCUGAAGAACUGGCCUUAAGUAAAUUUCGAGAAGACCCUGGUUUUCCUGAUUCCGAGACUGAAGAGGAAAACGAACGGGAUCUGGACUGGGAGAACUUGCGUUGCAGUUACAAAUGUCGCAAUUUGGUGAAAUCAGAUGUCUUGACAUCUCUAGAUACAAGAGAGAAGGAGGUCGGAGAGUUGAAGGCCAUGUUUCUGACCCUAAAAGGGGCCUACAGUUCUUCAGAGGAAGAGAAGAAGCGGUUAAAGAAGCGUGUGGAGGUGCUAGAACAGAAUUUGUCUGCGGCAAAUGAACGGGAGAAGGCAUGGCAUAAGCAACGUUUGCAAGAGUCUGAAAAGACAGAAGAGUUGAUCAGGACUCAUAUGACUCGAUGUGGCGAGUUGGAGGACUUGGUUCAGGAGCAAAUGAGAAAGUGUGCUGAGGCAGAGGCUCAGUCCCAGGCUUUGGAAGCUCGAGCUAUUGCUGCAGAGGAGGCUAAAGAUAGGGCUGCUGAGAAGUCAGUAAGAGAUAUCAAGAGAUAUCAAGAGGAACUGGAUAGGUUGCAUGGGGACAGUGUGUACACAAUUGGGAAAAUGGAUUCAGAGGUCGAAAUAGAGAAACUGAGAGUGCAUGGUGCGCAAGCCGAGGCUGAAAGAUUACAGUUGGAACUUAAAGAAAUGAAGACCAGUAUGGAUGAGAAUUUGGUGGAGAAGCUGAAACUGGAACAUAAGCUGCUUGAUGUCGAGAUACGGAACAACGCCAUGCGAACCACAUCACCGACAGAGGCGGACAUGAUGAUUAAGCAUCUGAAGGAGGAGCUUAGCCAAUGUGAAGUAGAGAUUCGUGAAGCGAGGAAGCUCAAGCGUUUCUACUCUAACGUUGACCUUUUGAAAGAGCGGUUAGAAAGUGAGAAACUUCGUGCCGACAGGGCCGAGGCUGCUCUAACCAAUUUAGCUGAUCUAGAGUGGAAGGUGAAGGAUAUGGAAAAUGAGUUAUCUGCAUGGAAAGAGAUCACUUCGAAAAUUCCCGGGGUCGAAUCCCGGAAUGACAUCUUGCUGAAAGUGGCUGAACUUCAAAGGGAAGUGGUCGCCGCCGGCGCUAAGGUAGGAGAACACAAUGCGCAGGUGGUAAAACUCCAGACUGCACUUGAAAUGGCUAAAAGCGCCAAAGAUGAAGCUGAGUCUAUUGCCAGUGCAGCUGAAGCUGAAGCUGUGGAAGCUGUUUUGAACCUGAAGCGAGCAGAGCGCAAGGUAGCUCUAAUCACAAAGGAGCGAGACGGCUUGAAGGAGAUUCUUGCUUCUUAUGAUGAAGAAGAAGCGGUGAUAGCCAGUCAUCAGAAGAGAAACCCAUCUACUGCGUUGUCUAAUCUUGGGACACCAAGUAAAUCAAAAGAUCUUCGAAUUCAACAAUUGGAGGCAGCCCUUGUGGAUGCUCAACAACAUGCUAAACUCCUAGGUGAGGAGAUAGAGAGAGGAAGUUCGGCUGCAACCGAGCAACGUCGCAGAGCGGAAACUUUGGCACUGGAGCUAGUGAAGGAGCAGGAGAAAAUCAAAUUAGUGGAACGCGAAGCCGAACAGCUCAGAGCCGAGGUGUCUGUUCUGGAAGCCAAGAUGGGGAGAGGUGAAUCAAACCCCUCGGCUACAAAAGUUCUUCACAUGCUCAUCAAUCCCGAAGCUAUGGCUCGUGGUGAUAUUGAAGUGCAGGCUUUGCGUGCCAAGUUACAGUUGCAUGAGCGGCAAUCUGAUUGUCGCAGAGAAGAAGACUCAAAAAACGUUAGUAAUGAUCCAGAGAGUGUGAUGAUGCUGAAACAACGCGUGUCGGCUUUAGAGAAACGCGAAGUCAGAUAUAGACAGGUGUUCGGCAACAAAAUAGCUGUCUUCAGGGAAGCUUGUGGCCUCAUCUUUGGAUACAAGGUGCAAAUGAAUGAGGAGCAGGACUCAUCUACAGGUGGUUCGAUAACGCUGUUCACUUUGCGGUCAAUUUAUUCUUCUAGCGAGGAAGAACAGAUACAAUUCCAGUUUAAGGCUGGCAAUUUGGAGAUGAUUGCAAAUGAGUAUACUGCAUCGCCAGAAAUACAGCGACAGAUCAUGAUGACCGGAAGCAACAGCUAUAUGGGUUCAUUUGAGUUCGACGGAGAAAAUGAUACGGGUCAUCCAUUCUUACAGCACUGGUUCCAGGAGGAAUUUCUCCACCUUUUUUACGAGGAUGAAGAAUUUCGGAACCAGGUGCUAAAAUGCCUGCUGUCAAAAACACAGUUAGAAAGCACAGUUUCAAUGACUAUUGAGAAAAAGCCUCGCAGAACUUGGUUGAGAGAUCUAGAGUGUGCCGGGUUGUUUCUGUCCUUAUCAGAAGAUGACGAGGCAGAAGACCAAGAAGGUUCAAACUGCAGCGAUGAUAAGGCCACUUCAGAAUGCCUGAAGUAUCGAGAUAAAUUCUCCCAAUGCCCGGACCCAAGGUCGCACGAAACGAGCUCAUAUGGAAGUCCUCUCUGGAACUUCGUACAUGACUUGCCAGUCAUGUCGAAGUCCUUCACAGAUGCUAUCUGUCAGUACCCAGAUCCAGCCGAGACUGGCAGCUCAACCGGGUCGCUCUGGAACAUGCUCAUGCAAGCUCCUGGCCAGGAGCUUCAGCUGGGUCAGAAACACGAGGAUCUAGAGACGAGUCCGGGGAAGUCUUCUCGAGAAGAAAGGCGACCUUCGAGUCCCUCCAGCUGCUGGAAGGCGAACCCUCUCUACGGGAUGAGGGCCGGAUCGCCGGAGACAUCUGGCUCAGAGACAGACGGAUCAUGUUCGGCCGCGGCUUGGCUGAAGAAUGGCUCUGUUGAGCCCAAGAAUCUUUGUACGAACAUUGGGGUCUCGUGCAUGCCCGGACCUUCGAGUUUGAUGUUCUCGCCAAACCCGCUUGCAAGUCCCUACUGGGAGGACAAGAAGCUCCUUCAGUCUGAGGACUUGCAGGAGCUUCCUGACCGAACCAAGAGGGUCGACCCAGAUCGCCCCCCGACACCUGCCUUCGGAGAGACCUCAGGCGCAACCUCAGCCCGCACAUCUGGGACCCGGGACACCAGAGCAGCAGCUGCAGCAUCUGCUGCGACGGGGUCACGGCACUCCCGCACUCGCGCUCUGAUACGCAUCUGGGACUCAGUUCUGAAGAAGAUGUUCAAGCUGAAAGUGAGAGUUCGGUUCAGCCCUGCAAACCUCAGAAGCAUCAAAGGAGAGACAGCCACCGUCACAAGUGACGCCCUGCGCGAUCCCUUGCCUCGCCCGUGUGGCAAAUUAUACCAGAUUUGAUGGCUGGCUGCUUGUGGGGAAUGGGGCAACACUUGGUUUUCACCGAGGCCGAGUUGACGGCACAUUUAUCGCCGUCCACCGCUAACAUUCUUUCGCAUGUGCUAACGGUUCGUUCUCGAGCAAUUUGACAUAAUGUUAAUUCUAACUCGUGUCGAUAUCUGUCAAUAUUUAAAGUAAGAUCAAAACUGGUAAUAAAAUGAAAAUUACUACGUUCAUGGAAAUUAUCUUGAUUUGGAG